UUGGAGUUGGAGGAGGGGUGAGAAGCUCGCUCAUCCUCUCUCUUCUGUGAGACUCAGAGCAUGUGAUGAACAACCGACUUCUUCAGGCCAUUCGCAGAUGUGUUGCCUCAACUCCAGGGAACUAACAGCUGACCUCACAGCUGUCUGCUCUGCGCCGGGCGUAAAGGGACCAUCUCUGUGUUGCUGUAGAGUACUGGUUCAUAUUCUCCAUAACCAUGGACCUGACCGCGCUUUCAGACGACGAGGCCAAGCACGUCUGGGAGGUCAUACAGAGAGACUUCACCCUCAGGAAGAUAGAAGAAGAGAGACUGGGGGACCUAAAGACUAAGAUAGAGAAGGAGGACACUAAGAUUGAGCUGCUGGGUACUCAGACCACCCUGGUAGACUCUCACUGUAUCCGCUGUCUGCAGCCCUUCAAGUUCCUGGUCAACAGUAAGCGUCAGUGCAUAGACUGUAAGAUGUACACCUGCAAGGCAUGCAGCCGCUACAACAAGAAGGAUCACGGCUGGGUGUGCGACCCCUGUCGUAUGACAAGGGUCCUGAAAAUUGGAACAGUGGGAUGGUACCAUGACAACGUGCGCACCCGUUUCAAGCGCUUCGGCAGUGCCAAGGUGAUGAAGUCUCUUUACAAGCGACUCAAUGGAGAGGGCGCCCGUCGUGACAGUGACACACAAAGCAUGCCUGAUUUCCGCAAUGACAGGUACAAUGGUCAUGAUGAGGACUAUGCAGAAGCAGAAGCUCAGCGAUACAAAAUGAUGCGAAAGAACAAGCGCCUGCUCUCUGUUCAUCCCAUGGACUUGGAUGUGGAUAUAGAGGAGUAUUUUCCACCCCACUCUCGCACUCACUCUCGUCGACAAUCCUACCAGCAGAUCCAGGAGGAGCGAGGUGGUGGUCACCGGGGUGACAUGGAGUUCAUGGAUUCCAUGCAGCAACAACAACACCGCAUGAACCGUAGGAAGAGCCUGGAUAGGUACAACAUGCGCCCUGACGAUGGGCAGUAUGGGAUGGUGCGUGCCCGCUCCCUAUCCAAGAUCAGCUCCUCUAUGAACCGCCAGCACUAUGUGGACACGUCAGAAGAGGAGGAGGGAGGGCGCAACACCAUGUACCAGACCCCCUAUCGCCGACGCCCUUCCUACAGCCGAGUUGGCUCUCACGAGAACCUGCAGGCCCCAACACAACAACCG